UGUGCCAGAGACAGUCAUUUUCGCUGCGAGUCUGCCAUUCAGCUGGUUUCCGCUUCCGGUUCCGUGCGAGUUCUUUGGCCAGUAACCUGUGGUUGUGCACCUUUUUCUAACGACUUUUGUAAACACCCACAUUUUUGAUGAAUAAAAAACCCAAGCACAACGUAUUUUUCUAAACAUUUUAUGCAAAAAGGUUUCGGCUGCUGAAAGUCAAAGUGCAAAAUUGGCCCAGAAACAACAAGUAUAGUUCAUAAACUAGUUUCCAACUCGGUUGCAUGUGUGUGUCUGUGUGAGUGGUGUGUGUGUGUGCAAUUGAUUAAACAAAAUAAGGGUAACCUAGGCCAACUGGAAGCGGAGAGACCCCACCAAAGGCAGCGGACUAAAUUGCCAAAUCCGAAUCCGAAUCCGAAAUCCGAGUCCAAGAUCCAGUGAGAUGGGCUGCAAUACCAGCCAGGAGCUGAAGACCAAGGAUGGCGCCGCCAUGGACGCGGUCAGCAAUGGCGAACCGGAGCCGAGUGCUCCUCCCCUGGAGGGCGGCGAGUCCUCCAAGUCCUCCGCGGGCAAUCAUUCAAAUCACGCCAAAUCAAAUUCAAUUACCUCCAAUGGCGAUGCAAAGGCGGCCAACGGAGGCGGCGGCUUGAGCGGGGAGAGUGGCAAGUCGGAAGCAACAAAUGGCAUUGACCGACCCUGCGACAAGGCGGCAAUCACGGAGUUCAACGACGACGACGAGGACGAAGCAAAAGCCGCAACAAAAAUCCAAGCCGUCUUUCGGGGCCACAAAGUGAGAGAAACCAUGAAAAAAUCGGAAACCAAAACUGUGACCAACAACGGCAGUGCCGCCGGUGCAGCUCCAUCGGCAGCAGCCGCCGAGGCAGCCGCAGCCGCGGAGCCAACCAAAGCCGAACUAGAGGCUGAAUUCGAUCCCAACGACAAGGAUCUGUGCCACGCUGCAUUGAAGAUUCAGUCCACUUUCCGUGGUCACUUGGCACGCAAACUGGUCAACAAGGAUGCGCCCGAGGAUGAGGACAUCCAGGAGAUAACCAAGAAGGUGGCCGAGGAGCUGGACAUAGACCUAACCGAUCCCGAGCUCAACAAGGCUGCCACCAAAAUCCAGGCCUCGUUCCGCGGCCACAAGACCCGCAAGGAUGCCAAUCCCGAGUAAGGAGCUCGCCAGUUGAAUUUUGUUGGUCCUGGCUGGCCAAGUCACAGAUGAAGCUUAAUUAAUGCACAAAUGUGCAAGUGAAUAAAAAAUUUGGUAAAUUGUAAAUGUGUAAAAGGCCAAUCGAGAUGAGGGCACACAAUUGUAAACUUUUUAGUGAAUAUGUUUUAGCCCAAUGGCAAACCCAAAUGAUUCUCAUAAUAAUUAAAUAAACUAAGUCGAGGGCAAAGUUACAUAUUAUUUGCAAAGCUUUAAUAAAUUAAUAAUGAGAUUACCUUUUGCGGAUAAGAAAGAUAUUUACCGGAAUAUACUUGCAGCUUGUCUUGUUUAAUUACUAACCUUUAGAAUUGAACAUUUGCGUUGGUUAAUGUUUAAUUAAAUCGUAUUUUGGUUUUUGGACUUUCCAAUUAAUCCCAAGGCAGUAACUAAAGCUAAAACCAAAAGUAAACUAAAGUUAAAUUUUCAAAGAAAAAACCUGAUGUUACAAAAAGAUAAAUAAAAGGCACGAUGUUCCAUAAAAUUUAUUGUAGGAAAAUGCGAAACCAAAUAAAAGACAAAUGCAAGGAAAAUGCUGAACAAAUUUUUGGGAAAUCAUUUCCAUUUUGUCUGGCCAAUGCCAAAAGUAAAAAAUUAAUUGUACCUACAUGCGUAUGAACAUGAAUAUGAAGUAAAAACCAAAGAAACUCAAUGUUGUUUCAAAUUAAGGCAAAUUAGGGGUACCCAAGCAACAUGAUGCAGCUUCGAGACGUCAACUCAACAAUUUUUCAGCCCAAGGGCUCUAUAUUAACUGAAAGGUCAAUGAACAUGAAGAUAACUAAUCUGGUGGCACAAUUUUCGUUUUUCUACCAAGUGUAUUACAUAUUUGUCUACUUAACAAUUGAUCCUCGAGAGGGAAACUGAAAUACACACAUAUAUAUAUACCUACCUAUACAAAAGCAAAAAAAAAUGUCAUGUAUUAGAGCGAGUUGAAUUGGAAAAUAUUUUUUUUCGGCUGCGGCUGAGAAAACUGUUACCAUGUGGCAACCAAAAGCCAUUAAAGAAAUAUUUAAAAUUCAAAUCAAUUAACUACAAAGAAUUAAUAACAAGCUAAUGCAGAUAAUUGAAAUUAUAUUAGAGAUCAAAGUCAAAUUCAAAUAAAUUGCAUAAAAUUAUUACAUUUAAAAAGCAAAUGGGUAAAACCAACUAUAUGUGGAUAAAUGGAAAGAAAAGAAAACCAAAUAUAAAAGCAAACCAUAUACAAGCCGAAGAAACCAAAACAAAGAAUGUCCCAACUAAAUUUUAAUUGAGUAAUAAAAA